UACGACGCAGCUCUCCAUGGCGCGACACGCCCAAAACCAGCAUCGACCUCGACCUCAGAAGCUGCUGCUGCUGACACAAGCGACAAGGCUCUUACGGAGCGCGGCUUCUUUGUGAACCGAUCGCGUGUUCUGAUCGGCUCAGGUGCGGACACCUUCCUCCACGCCAAAUCCGCCCUCCUCUCUUGGAGGCACCUGGCACUGGGUUGGGCGAAUGUGGAGCCUGACACGCCGGUGAAGGUGGGAACGAGGUUCUGCAUCUGCUACAGGGAGCUGAUGCCCUGGGUGAUGCUGCCGCUGCAGAUCGCCUAUGUGAGCGACGGCGAUGGAAGAUCAUCCGACAAGUCCAAGGGCACCAUGUUUGCGUUCGGUAGCGGCACCCUACAAGGCCAUCUGCUGGCCGGGGAGGAGCGGUUCUCGGUGGAGGUGGACGAGGAGUAUCGGGUGUGGUACGAGGUGGUGUCCUUCUCCAAGCCUGCACACGUCCUGGCCACGCUCUGCUACCCGUACGUGCAGCUGAGGCAGAAGCAUUUCGCGCACCGGUCAGGGCAGGCGCUCAUCAACCAUGUGGCCACCGCCUCCACCUCAGCACCCAACUAGUACCAGUCGAUGAUGUGCUUGCGCCAAGUGUGGCAGCAUCAUGUAGAAACUUGUUGUAAUAAUAGGUUGGCUUGUUUGGAUCUCAUCGGCACUAUAGAGAUGAAGCUACAAAAAUUCCCCAUGUCAUCCAACCACUACUAUUUGGAUGGGGGGAUGGACAUUAUUUAUUAGGGGUACAAUUAUCAUAAUCCAUGAGAUCUAAAUGGUCAGGAUCCAUGUUCUUACUA